CACGUGUUGUUCCUGGGAGAUUUCCACGCCGGCUGUUCCCACUUGACCCGAGCUGACAAGAAGAAGAUCCGGCUGUUUACCAACUCCAGUUUCUCUUGGCUGAUCGGAGACAAAGUGGACACCACCAUCACAGAGGACACCACCUGCGCCUACGACAGGUUUGUGGUUCAUGGGAAACCCUUCCUGAAGGCCAUCACUCCGUUUUCUGCAAAGGUCUUCAACUACGUCAAGGAGUUCAAACUCAACAAAGCAAAG